AUGUUCCAGGGUGGCUCUAGUGGGUAUAUGUUCCAGGGUGGCUCUAGUGGGUAUAUGUUCCAGGGUGGCUCUAGUGGGUAUAUGUUCCUGGGUGGCUCUAGUGGGUAUAUGUUCCAGGGUGGCUCUAGUGGUAUAUGUUCCAGGGUGGCUCUAGUGGUAUAUGUUCCAGGUUACUCUAGUGGGUAUAUGUUCCAGGGUGGCUCUAGUAGGUAUAUGUUCCAGGGUGGCUCUAGUGGGUAUAUGUUCCAGGGUGGCUCUAGUGGGUAUAUGUUCCAGGGUGGCUCUAGUGGGUAUAUGUUCCAGGGUGGCUCUAGUGGGUAUAUGUUCCAGGGUGGCUCUAGUGGGUAUAUGUUCCAGGGUGGCUCUAGUGGGUAUAUGUUCCAGGGUGGCUCUAGUGGGUAUAUGUUCCAGGGUGGCUCUAGUGGGUAUAUGUUCCAGGGUGGCUCUAGUGGGUAUAUGUUCCAGGGUGGCUCUAGUGGGUAUAUGUUCCAGGGUGGCUCUAGUGGGUAUAUGUUCCAGGGUGGCUCUAGUGGGUAUAUGUUCCAGGGUGGCUCUAGUGGGUAUAUGUUCCAGGGUGGCUCUAGUGGGUAUAUGUUCCAGGGUGGCUCUAGUGGGUAUAUGUUCCAGGGUGGCUCUAGUGGGUAUAUGUUCCAGGGUGGCUAUAGUGGGAAUAUGUUCCAGGGUGGCUCUAGUGGGUAUAUGUUCCAGGGUGGCUCUAGUGGGUAUAUGUUCCAGGGUGGCUCUAGUGGGUAUAUGUUCCAGGGUGGCUCUAGUGGGUAUAUGUUCCAGGGUGGCUAUAGUGGGAAUAUGUUCCAGGGUGGCUCUAGUGGGUAUAUGUUCCAGGGUGGCUCUAGUGGGUAUAUGUUCCAGGGUGGCUCUAGUGGGUAUAUGUUCCAGGGGUGGCUCUAG